AUGGAUACCGCAGCCAGAGACGAGAAAACCAUCAGAGUCGGCGCCGUUCAGGCUGAGCCUGUCUGGUUCGAUCUCGACGGAUGCGUUGACAAGACCAUUCAGCUCAUCAACCAAGCUGCUGCCGAUGGCGUCCAAGUCCUUGGCUUCCCCGAGGCGUGGAUUCCAGGUUACCCAUGGCAGAUGCGAGUCACUGCGCCAACCAUGCAGUCGAUGUGGGUUCCUCAAUAUCAGGCAAACUCCAUGGCCAGAGACUCGCCUCAGAUGAAGCGCAUUCAGGCGGCCGUCAAAAAGGCCGGCAUGUUCAUCGUGCUUGGCUACAGCGAGCGCGACGGAGCCAGCAUUUACCUCGCACAGGCUUUUAUCUCGCCUGACGGGGAGAUUGUCCUCAAUCGUCGCAAGAUCAAGCCUACUCACGCAGAGCGGACUAUAUGGGGCGAGGGUCAAGCCGAAUCCCUGAAAACUGUUGUAGACUCGCCGUUUGGUAAGAUUGGCGGUCUCAACUGCUGGGAGCAUCUGCAGCCUUUGCUGCGCUAUUACGAAUACACGCAAGGUGUCCAAAUUCAUGUCUCGAGUUGGCCAUCCAUGUUCGUGAUGCCAGAUGCUGAAAAGAUUGCCUGGCCCUACCAUGAUACUGGUGAGGCAGACCAGCGCAUCAGCCAGAACAUGGCCAUGGAGGGGCAAGCUUUUGUCAUCUGUUCAUCGCAGAUUUUAACAGAAGAGGGCUUGGCAAAGAAUAGCUUGUUGGCAGGAAAUCCCGUCACCAAACCUGGCGGCGGCUUCUCUCAAAUCUUCGGCCCCGACGGAAGGGCACUGUGCGAACCGAUCGGCGAUGGCGAAGAGGCAAUCCUCAAGGCCGAUAUAUCUCUAAGCGAUAUCACCAAAGCUAAAAUAUCCAUCGACGUUGUUGGCCAUUCUGCUCGGCCAGAUAUGCUCAGCCUCUUGGUCAAUCUAAAGGCGGGCAAACUCGUGACGACGAUGGAUAUGUAG